AAGACCAGGUUUUCCAAAACGCCUAAUAUUAUCAACCCGGAGGGAGUAAUAAGAAGACUACGUGGGUUUCCUGUGAAAUGAGUAUUGACCGCAGAUUGCAUGUCGGGUAAGCUCUUCAUUUACAAACCUUACCUCGCGUAGUAGACUUGUAAACACGAAAGCCGAGAUGCUUACGUACGUUACACAUACCAGCAAGCUGAUACGGUGGCACGGUGAAUUUCCGCGCCCCGUCCAUCCAUCGCUCCGCACCGCACCGACUACCCAGCCGCAGCCACCCGCAACCGCAGCAAAGUGGCCCCCACACAAGGUUCCCUCCAUCCAUCCAUCCAUUCCACGCGCAGCGCGUCCCAAUGUGCGGAUCCACGCAUCCCGCAAACCCCCCAAAAAGCAGCGGCGAAAAACACUCGAUCGCCCAGCCCCAAGAAGCCAGCAGGACGGACGGGGCGAACGCGAGGCGCACCACCCGAGGCUCGCGUCCGCACCCCGCGCCGCCCGAUCCCGAUCCGACGGCCCGCGCGCUCCCCGACCGGCCGCGGAGACGCGGAGCCGCACCCCCCGCAACCCAGGAGCCCGGGAGGCUGGAACUUGUUCCGCCCACGAGGCCGCGGUAACCUCACCUCCGUUAACCCGCGGUUAACCCAACCCCCUUGGUUAGGUUACCUCGUCGUGUUAUAUACUCGAGUGUGGUGAGUCUCCCAUGGCUGAGCUCGAGGUCGAGGCUGCGUGGGUGUGCGACGUCGGGGAUGAGCUGCAACGGCUGCCGCGUGCUGCGGAAGGGGUGCAGCGAGGGGUGCGUGUUGCGGCCGUGCCUGCAGUGGAUCGACGGCGCCGAGGCGCAGGGCCACGCCACCGUGUUCGUCGCCAAGUUCUUUGGCCGCGCCGGCCUCAUGUCCUUCCUCACCGCCGUCCCCGAGCCGCAGCGCGCAGCGGUGUUCCAGUCGCUGCUGUACGAGGCGGCGGGGAGGACGAUCAACCCGGUGGGCGGCGCGGUCGGGCUGCUCUCCGGCGGGAGCUGGCACCUCUGCCAGGCGGCGGUCGACACCGUGCUGCGCGGCGGAGGCAUCCAACCGCUGCCGGACCAGGUCGACGCCGCCGCCGCCGGUGGCCGCGACGUGUUCGCCUCCACGGCGAGGCGCGCCAUGGGCGGGUGCUCCACGUUCUCGACGGCGAAGCGGUCGACGACGACGACGACGACCAAGAACCCCGGUACUCCGCAUGACGCCGCCGCCGCGGCGCCCCAGCCGGAACCGUCGUGCGACCUCGGCCUGUGGCUCAGCCCCGGCUCCCCGCCGGCGCCCGGGGACCGGCGAUCCGGCGGCAGGCGGGCCGACACGCCGUCGAUGAACUCCGAGGGAUCCGUCACGACGUGCGGCGUCGUCGGCGACGGCGAGAGGGAGCCCGAGCUGCUGAAUCUUUUUGUCUAGGCUAGCUAGCUAAUUAACCUGCUCAAUUCUCAUAUGCUUUCUUUGCUGCAUCCCGGCGAACUCUUUGGUAGCCUCUCGCCGGCGAGGUAUCCCUUAGCCAUUUUUUGGCCGUGUAAAAGUCGACGGUGCGCGUGCACUGCUUCUACUUGACUCUUUACAGUACCUUAUGUUUUUUUCUCCCCCUACUUUGUUAGCAUCAAAACGUCGAAUAAAAGCGAACAGAUUAACCUCGC